CAUCCAUUGGCACGUGUGUCCCUGCGUGUAAACUACUGUAGGGGGGUCGAGCAAUAUUUUGAGAGCAUAUGCAGACAGCUGAGCAAAGGCAGUAGUUGCUACAAGGAUUUAUGCUGUUCCUUAUUGACUUGCAAACACCUUACCGUGGAAUAUCAAAGCUGUUGUCGUUUUGAAACAUAUCUAAGGUGACCUUCAUCUGAAGCAUCACAUCUCUGAAGAGGCAAGAAGACGAGAUACAGAGUGUUCUCUGCUCUCACCAAGAGCUGUUUUUCUCACUCUCCCUCACAAUCUCUCAUCCCAUCUGUUGGAGCCCUUGUGCCAAGGCUGCUCCGUAAACAGAAAUUCAUCUCUUGUCGGCAUCACUUGAGUGACCUUUCCAGAUAAUUGCACAGUUUUUGGAAGCCUUCGCUUUUGGUCAUUUGCAAAAUGUUUACAACCAUUUGAAUUUUUCUCUGGUUUUUGCACCAGAAACAAUGAAUUUCUCUGUAAACGACAAGCCAAUAACCAUGAUUCACCUGUCUAUACAUAGUAGACCCACUUAAAUCAGAGUUAUUGCUGUUUUCACCUUGGCUGACACCUUUAAAAAAGCUGCUCCAGCCUCAUCCUACUCUAGUAUGAGUUAUGACAACUCUAAUUCAUUGCCCAGCAGCAGCACUCGAGGGCGAGUGGCAAGGGCCGACGAGAAAGAAAAUGAACAGGAAGCAGAAUCAGAGGAGUUAAACUCUCUGAAAACGAGCAGUGUUCAGCCCAGCGCUAAUGGCCCCGCUCAGGAGCAGGGGAGUGGAAAUGGAGGCGACUCCACUGGCGGCUCAUCUCCCAGUGUGGGGUCGGCGUCCGGAGGCUCGCCCCGAGACCGCAGGGGGCCCAACUCAGAUGAUAUGGACGGACUCUCCAGCGGAAACGACUCCGGGGAGAGGGAGAGCGAAGGCGGGAUGGAAAGAGACGGCGGGUCACGUGGGCGCCAGUCCGUACGCAGCUCCCACAGCUCGUCAAACGGAAAGGACUCUGGCAUGAUGCUGGAAAACACGGAGAGCAACAAGAGCUCCAACUCCCAGAGUCUCUCUCCCCCCAGCAGCUCCCUGGCCUACAGCCUGCUGUCCACCAGCUCCGAGCAUGACCCCCCCUCCACCUCGGGCUGCAGCAGUAACCAGUCGGCGAGGGUGCAGACCCAGAAGGAUCUGAUGAAGGCCAUCAAGGAGCUGAAGCUCCGCCUCCCAACGGAGCGCAAGGCCAAGGGCCACACCAGCACCCUAAAUGCACUCAAAUACGCUCUUCAGUGUGUCAAACAAGUCCGAGCCAACAAGGAGUACUAUCACCAGUGGAGCGUAGAGGAGUGCCAGGGCUGCAGUCUGGACCUGUCUGCCUUCACUAUCGACGAGCUUGACAACAUCACGUCAGAAUACACACUCAAAAACACAGACACUUUCACCAUGGGCGUGUCCUUCCUGUCGGGGAAGGUCGUGUACGUAUCACCUCAGGCCUCAUCCCUGUUGCGCACCAAGCCAGAGCGUCUCCAGGGGACUAUGUUCUCUGAGCUUUUGGCCCCGCAGGAUGUCAGCACUUUCUACAGCGGUACAGCACCCUGCCGCCUGCCAAACUGGGCCUCCUGCAUCGGGUCAGCUUCUGCUCCAGUGGACUGCACUCAGGAGAAGUCCAUGUUCUGCCGGAUAAGUGCCGACCGGGCGCAGGGCUGCGAGAUGCGCUACUACCCGUUCCGCCUCACGCCCUACCAGCUCACCAUCAGAGACUCGGACGACGCUGAGCCACAGCCCUGCUGCCUGCUCAUCGCUGAGAGGGUCCACUCCGGAUACGAGGCUCCUCGUAUCCCUCCAGACAAGAGGAUCUUCACUACAAGUCACACCCCGAGCUGCAUCUUCCAGGAAAUUGACGAGAGGGCAGUGCCACUGUUGGGAUACCUGCCUCAGGACUUAGUCGGAACCCCCGUCCUGCUCUACAUUCACCCGGAAGAUAGGCACAUAAUGGUGGCUAUACAUGAGAAGAUCUUUCAGUUUGCAGGGCAGCCGUUUGACUAUUCGCCCCUGAGGAUGUGUACCCGAAACGGGGAAUAUUUGACCAUCGACACCAGCUGGUCGUCCUUUGUCAACCCCUGGAGCCGGAAGGUGGCUUUCAUCGUAGGACGCCACAAAGUCCGAACGAGCCCUCUGAAUGAAGACAUGUUCACGGCGCCACAGGGCUGCGAGACUUGGACCACCACGGCCGACGUGGUGCAGCUGAGCGAGCAGAUCCACCGACUCCUGGUGCAGCCGGUGCACAGCGGCAGCUCUCAGGGCUACAGCUCGCUGGGCUCCAGCGGCUCCCGAGGGUCCCGGCGGUCUCACCAGCAGCACCUCAGCGCCGCCUCGUCCAGCGACAGCAACGGCCCCGCCACGGACAAAGCGGUCGCUCUGCGCAAACCUAUGACUUUCCAGCAGAUCUGUAAAGACGUCCACAUGGUCAAGACUAACGGACAGCAGGUUUUCAUCGAGUCUCGUAACAGGCCAACGCCCAGGAAAACCUGCAGCACAGGCACAACAAGCGUCAGAGCAAUCAGCAGUGACCCAAUCAGAGGCUUGAUAGCCGACAUGACGAUACCACCCAAAGCUUUGCUCCCUGCUCCACUCGUGCCAAAGGAGCCUCCUACCGGCUACUCCUACCAGCAGAUCAACUGUCUGGACAGCAUCAUAAGGUACUUGGACAGCUGUAACAUUCCUCACACGGUCAAAAGGAAGUGUGGCUCUUCCUCCUACACGUCUGACGAGGACAAGCAGCAAGAUGGCGGCAACAACACAGGUGGUUCAGUUAACCUUGUAAGUGAACCACCUCCUCUGCCUCCCCUGACCAUGGCCACAAAGGCAGAGAGUGUAGCCUCAGUCACGUCGCAGUGUAGCUUCAGCAGCACCAUCGUGCAUGUGGGAGACAAGAAGCCUCCUGAGUCAGACAUCAUCAUGGAGGAGGCUCCCACUACUCCCAAUCCUGCUCCUUCUACGUCCGCACCGACUGCUCUGUCGAGCGGUCUGACGCCUCCCGCUAACACAGCCGUCGCCUUUCCUCCUCUCCCUCCACCUCAAGCCUCUCAGCUAGAGAGGGACAGCCGGAGGAGCAGCAGUGUAGGAGGGGGCCGUAUGGGCCUCACAAAGGAGGUGCUAUCUGCCCACACCCAGCAGGAGGAGCAGGCGUUCCUUGACCGCUUCAAGGACCUCAGCAAGCUGCGCGUCUUCGAUCAGACGGCGGCAUCCACUCUGCACUGUCAGAACCCGGCUGCCAAUCCUCUGUCGCGAGGAGUGCGUUGUUCUCGGGAUUACCCCGCCGCGGGCAGCAGCACCAGCCACCGGCGAGGUCGAGGCGGGAAGAGACUGAAACACCAGGAGUCGGCCGAGCAGCACAGCUCUCUGCACCUGAGCGGGAGCCGGCAUGACCCCCGAACCAGCACAGCCCCCAUGCCUGUCAACAUGCCCAUCGGACCCCCGACAAACUCCUCCUCCUGGCCUUCUGUAGGCUCCCAGGCCAGCAUUCCCGCCGCACCAUUCGCUCCGGGAAUGCUUCCCAUCUACCCCGUUUACCCACCGAUGGCACAGCCCAUACCCGUCCCAGAUCCAUCCCGUUUCCCCCCUGCCCAGAUGGUUCCUCCCAUGAUGGCCCUCGUUCUGCCCAACUACAUGUUCCCCCAGAUGGCAGCCCCCAUUGCUCAGCCGGCCCCCACCACCGGACACUUCUACAACCCUAACUUCACAUACCCCACCCCAGUCGUCCCAGUUAUCUCUAACCCAGUGCCGAUCCCAGCCACCUGCGCCCCGUCCCGCAGCAGCACCCCCCAGUCCUACAGCCAGCCCCCUGCCGACCGAGAGGGCGCAGAGUCCCCCCUCUUCCAGUCCAGAUGUUCCUCACCGCUCAACCUGUUGCAGCUGGAGGAAACACCGAGCAACCGGCUGGAGGUCGCCACGGCGCUGGCAGCAUCACAGCAAGCCCCCCCCUCUGUUCAGGGGGGAGCGGCUGGGGGACAGAGCUCAGCCAAUCAGAGGAGCUCUGAUGAAAUCUCCAAGGAGAAUGAGAACGGCGAGGCUAAUGAGUCCAACAACGAUGCCAUGUCCACCUCCAGCGACCUCCUGGAUAUGCUGUUGCAGGAAGACGCCCGCUCGGGCACCGGCUCAGCCGCCUCUGGUUCAGGGUCCUCAGGCACGAGGUCCUCCGGCUCAGGCUCUGGAUCCGGCUCCAACGGUUGCAGCUCUUUUGGCACCAGUGGCAUGAGCAGCAGCCAGGGCAGCCACACCAGCAAGUACUUCGGCAGCAUCGACUCAUCAGAGAACGAUCAUUCCCGCAAACAGCCAGCAGGGGGCAGCAGCAGCGCAGGCGGAGAUGGUGCAGAGGAGCAGUUUAUCAAGUGUGUCCUGCAGGACCCCAUCUGGCUGCUGAUGGCCAACACCGACGACAAGGUCAUGAUGACCUACGAGCUGCCUGUCAGAGACAUGGAGACUGUGCUGCGAGAAGACCGCGAGGCGUUGAGGAACAUGCAGAAACAGCAGCCACGCUUCAGUGAGGACCAGAAGAGGGAGCUGAGCCAGGUUCACCCCUGGAUCCGCACAGGACGCCUGCCCCGAGCCAUCAACAUCUCUGGCUGUACAGGCUGCAAGUCCCCCCCCUUCGAGCCUCCCACGGCUCCAUUCGAUGUUGUGAUACACGAGAUGGAGAUGUGCAGCGCGCUAAAAGCACGAGAAAAUAUUGCUGGAAAGGGCAAUACAAUUCCAUCAGAGACAGCCAUGGAGGAAGCUCACCAAGACGACGAAGAGGAAGCAACCAAAACGCAAGACAGCAACCAAGAAAUGACAACCGAGGCCUCAGAAGCUGUGAAGGAAAGUCUCACAUGACUCACUAAGGAGGAGGCCAAAGACGAAUAACGCUAUGGAGACAUUUCCGCGCUGAUGAGCAGAACACGUGCACCUUCCCAGACUUCUUGUGCCCAAAAAUAAAUCACUGCACAGAGUUAAGUCGCUGAAGCGGGAGGAAAAAAAGGUGCAUAUUGAUCGAGACAACUUCCGUUAUUGCUGGACAGCACAACACAACACUGCAUAUUGAAAUGCCUUGGAGGCAGGACACACGCACUUUCCUCGUUCUUGGCAUGUUUAUUGAAGCUGUAAGAUAGACGGGAAGAUGAAUGUGCAUCAGAACGACGCCUUUAUGUAAAAACGGACGUGCAAUGUCCUCGAAGUUUCGCUCACGAGGGAAAGAAGGGAGGUUUCAGAGACUUUUCUGAAUGUUUUACAGGUCAUGGAAUCCUAAUCCAAUCCUGUUUCUCUCAAAGACUUAAUUUUGUCAAUUUUUGUAUGUAUAAAAUGUGCCCUGAUAGAAGAGAAACCCUCGUUCGCUCUAUUGAAAGAUAUAGAGCGACAGCCAGUUUAUUUUGUAAACUGUGUAUAUUUUUAUACUUUCUGCCACUGCGAAUUGUGAUAGGAUAAAUGUCUUAAAGAGUGUGUACUGUCCCGUAUCAGUUCAGUCUUUACACAGACAUGGUGUUUGUUCUGUUGCUUCACUUGAGGGAUGUACAGUGAAUGUGUGGGACCGUGUGGCAAUCGCCAGGAGACUGACCAGGACUAUAAGGUCUCUCCUCGGCCGGGCAUUAGUAGGAGCAUUGGGGAGGAAUCCCCACAGUGAGAAACGGACAAUAUCUCUCUGAGAAGUGAUGACAGUAUUCGCUGAAAACGGAGCUCUGAAUCCUGGAAAGGGAGGGUUCCUGUGUAGCAAGCGCUUGCACACGGUUGCAAGAAAGAGGUCGGCGACGUUUCUCUCUGAGAGAUUGGAAUGUUAAGUAUAUUUCCUCCUGUCUGUCCCUAUCGCUCUACCUGUGACACUGUUCUGGUCAUGUGAUAUCCUUUUGCUUCAGUCAGUGGUGUCCGCAACAGUUUCUAAAUAUUUUUGUGAAAUUCUUUGUACAAAAAAGACAAUAAAAACGACUGGAAAAUC